AUGUUAAUCAAAGGUUCAGCUGGUAUCGUCAUAACAGUGUCACUGGCAUUAAUUUUUCUUGUUAUUGGUAAUAUGGUUUAUCAGACAUUCACUCGAAAAGUUGUAUUACGUGAAAGAGUUGGUUCUAUUCUUAUUUUUAUGGUAAAAAAUUUGCUGAAUAUAGCAGGUUUUUUACUUCGAAUUUGCAACGUUAUUGAAUAA